GCAAGAGCUAGCAGCUGCGUUGCACGUAAACAGUGCUGUGCGAACUUCAGGUAACAUUGCAACAGAUAAUCCUGUGAGGCGCUCAUUGAAGUCACGUUCCUCUCCCUCCUUCACACAGACCCCUCCCCAUGUCUCUGUGCUCAGCCCUCCGGACCCGCCAUGCGGCUGCAGGCGGCUGCCGGCGGCUGCGUGGCGUUCCUCCACCGCCGCUCCACAUCCGGUCGGCCAGUGAAGCCGAAGCAGGAACAAGAGGAGCUGACGGAGAACACCUGUGGGAGGCAGCUGGGCUCCCGCCGUUCGCUACAGCCAGAAUAGGAUCUUUCUUCCAGGAAAAGCCCGUUCUGAAGAACCCAUUUCUAGAGGAUGCCUUGCUCAGAGGUUACCUGAGGAGACACCUGCCCCAGGAGACCUCGUGGGCCGACCUGAGUGCAUUUGGAGAGCGUAUAGUGGAUGAGGUGGACGACUGGGGUCGGAAGUGUGAGGUCACUCCUCCACGGUUGGUGCACUUUGACCCCUGGGGUCGCAGAGUGGACCGCAUCGUAACCUCCUCUGCCUGGAAACGCAUGAAAGACCUGUCGGCACAGGAGGGGCUGGUUGCCCUCGGCUACGAGAGGUCCUUCGGGGAGUGGAGUCGUGUGUAUCAAAUGAGCAAGUUGUACAUCUUCUCUCCCUCCUCUGGGCUCUACACGUGUCCUCUGGCCAUGACUGACGGAGCUGCUAAGGUCAUCCAGUCCUUAGGUGUUUCGUGGCCUGUAGCGGAAGCCUUCAGCCGCUUGACCGCCCGGCAGCCGGAGCGUUUCUGGACGUCUGGGCAGUGGAUGACCGAAAGACAGGGAGGCUCUGACGUGGGAAGAGGCACAGAGACGGUGGCUGUUCCCCAGACAGACGGGUCGUACCAACUGCACGGCUUCAAGUGGUUCACCUCUGCUACCGACGCAGACAUGACCCUCACGCUGGCCAGAGAGCAGGACAGCACAGGAGCGACCGCACCGGGCAGCAGGGGGUUGUCUUUGUUCUACGCGGAGGUGAGUAGAGAUGAGGACGGCCGGCUGAAGGGUAUCGAGGUCCAGAGGCUGAAGGACAAGCUGGGCACAAGACAGAUGCCGACGGCCGAGUUGCUGCUGGCCGGCCUGCCGGCUCACCGGCUCUCAGAGAAAGGGAGAGGCGUGGCCUCCAUCGCCAACAUGCUGACGAUCACCCGGAUACACAACAGCAUCUCUGCAGCCGCCGCCAUGAGGAGGGUGGUCCAGUUAUCUCGUGACUAUGCCACUCGCCGCACUGCCUUUGGAAAGCUCCUUAAAGAUCACCCGCUGCACAUGCAGACUCUGGCUAGGAUGGAGGUGGAGACUCGCGGAGCUUUCCUCCUGGUGAUGGACGUGUGUCGUCUGUUGGGCCGCGAGGAGAGCGGCGUCGCGACGCGGCGUGACGCGCACCUGCUGCGUCUGCUCACUCCGGUGGCCAAGCUGUACACGGGGAAGCAGGCGGUGGCCGUGGUGUCGGAGGGGUUGGAGAGCUUCGGCGGACAGGGCUACAUCGAGGACACGGGGUUGCCUGGACUGCUGCGCGACGCUCAGGUGUUGAGCAUAUGGGAAGGAACCACCAAUGUUCUGUCUCUGGACGUGCUGCGAUGUGUGGCGCGGAGCUCAGGAAUGGUUCUCCACGCCUACUUCACCCAUGCCAAGUCCCUGCUUGCAGCGGCAUCGAGUGUCUCCACAUUGGGGCCGGCGGUGAGAGCGGUCGACUGUGCUCUCUCUGCACUGGAGGACUUUGUUCAGGUAGCAGCCACAAGAGCACCUGGCUACCUGGAGCUCGCAGCCAGAGACCUGGCCUACAGCCUGGCUCGCAUCUACACGGGCGCCCUCCUCAUCGACCACGCCUGUUGGGACGGAGCCUCUUCAUCUGACACCUAUGCCGCUCUCAGGUGGUGUGAACACGACUUGUGCCCGGUGGCGACGAAACAGGCGAGAGGCUGCUAUGACCUCAGAGCAGCGGCGCUUGAUGCUGCGCUCGUGUACGACCGGCCCGUCCAAGGCUGAAGGGUCACUGAUGCACCUUGACCUCACCUGAGCUCCGUGGCAGAGCUGUCACCGGCUCGCUCCCUUCUAUAGAUGACUGAGACCAUGUUUUAAAAAAGAAAUGAGAAGAAUACAUAAAAGCCUCCUCUAUAAGCACAGAAAUCAAACUGAAAAUUGAGUAUAAUAUAAUAUAGUCCUGUCUCAUGUGAUUUCUGUUUCUUUUAUAUUUACUUCUUUAUAUGAAGUAUCUGCAAUAUAUAUUGUCGUGGCCAUUUGUCCUUAGAAAUCAAAUAAAACUAUAAAUCAAAUGUCCACUGACGCUCCGUGGGGGUUUCAGAGUUGACGCAGGCAAAAGAAAGUAAAGUCCAUUUUGGUUUGUUGGUUUUGAUCAUUUAUUUUCCAAACAAACUAAACGCGGACACGUCCUCUCUUUGCUGAUGCUGGUAAAAACAUCGGCCACCCAGGUGCAUGCUGGUCCUGUACCCACCUCUACUGUAACCACAGGUGCCCAGUGUUACCCAAUCAGUGAACCUAAAGCUAAAUAUAUUGAACUAAACUACAACUAUCAUAAGAAACAACUAACAUAUCAAAAUAUAACCUAAACUAGAACGGGCACUCGGUAGAGCGCAUACCUUCGCAUAUCACAAGAUUGGGCAUUGAAUUAUGAACAUUUUGGCAUCAGUUGCCAAUUGGAUAAAAAUUGACCGUGCUAUGGUAAAAAGAAGAUUUUGACCUUUCCAUGACCUUGACCUUUGACCCGAUUGAUCCCAAAAUCUAAUCAAAUGGUCCCCGGGUAAUAACCAAACAUCCCACCAAAUUUCAUGCGAUUCCAGAAGAUGUUGACCUUUUCAUGACCUUGACCUGAUUGAUCCCAAAAUCUAAUCAAAUGGUCCCCGGAUAAUAACCAAACAUCCCACCAAAUUUCAUGCGAUUCAAGAAGAGUUUGACCUUUUCAUGACCUUGACCUUUGACUCGAUCGAUCCCAAAAUCUAAUCAAAUGGUCCCCGGAUAAUAACCAAUCAUCCCACCAAAUUCCAUGCGAUUCAAGAAGAUUUUGACCUUUUUCAUGACCUUGACCUUUGACCCGAUCGAUCCCAAAAUCUAAUCAAAUGGUCCCCGGAUAAUAACCAAUCAUCCCACCAAAUUUCAUGCGAUUCGGUUUAAUACUUUUUGAGUUAGGCGAAUAACACGCAUACAAAGAAAUACGCGGCGAUCAAAACAUAACCUUCCGCAUUUUCAAUGCGAAGGUAAAAAGCAAUGAAUUUAUUAAUAUUACUUUACAAUAAAACUAAAUACAAAUGUCAAAUUAAAUAGCUCCAACAUAUGUUUGUCUGUAAUACACAUGGAGCUAUAGAUGUACAAUGUCUGCCGUGUGAAGUGCAGGUAUGAGACAUGGCUCCAGGCUGUUCAGUCAUGACUCCUCUUGCACACACCUGUCGGACGAGCAGCGGUCAACAGACUGAAGAGCCCAGGUCAGAGGCCGCAGCACACGCUGCCUCUGCUGCCGGGAACAUUACGAUCGGCAUUAACUUCUAUCUUUACUCGUAUCUAUAACAAAAUAUAUGACGAACAGUUUUACAAAAUGUAUACACCAGCUAACUAUUUGUAAUGACACUAUGAUUCUAUGAUUCUAUUGAUUAUAUUGAUAGUUCACUUUAUUAUUGUUGUAUUGUGACAAUUUAUAUCUGAAAUGAAAGCAUAUGGUGAAAAUGCUUCAAAGUGACGUGCAGCAGCUUUGUGGGGAAAUCAACUAAUAAAGAAUCCAUAAUCAA